AUGGCAUCUCCUACGAAUCCGAGGAAUUUCAGCCCACACGGCAGCCGAUCGCAGAUGAUGCAAGUACCACCGCCCAAUUGUCGCAUGACUUCAAGCCCAUGGACAGCAAUGUACCUUGUCUCACCUCCCCUUCCCCGCGGAGUCACUGCUGUCCAGUUUAACAUCACGAGUCAUGACCAGGGUUGGUGCAGUAACCCAAGUGAUGGCAUCUGGUCUUGGUUUGAUGUAUCCAUCUUGGGCUCCUUGCGAGAGGAUGAAAUUCCCGCCUUCUCAGACUUGUCGGAUCCUUCAUACCUCAAGCCCAAACCCGACGAUUUCGGCCAAGUUUUGCAGGACCGGGGUUUGUAUUUCAAGGACAUCCACAGAGAAAAUCAAGCCACGCCGGGCAUUACGAAGCCAGUGACGAAGAAUAAGAUAAACAGGUCCUGGAAACAGCAAGUUAUUACUUGGAGACUGGAAGAUGGUGGUGAGGAAGCUAGCUUCCUGUCCAUUCUUGAAGAAGGCGAUCGUUUAGUCAUAUGGGCGCGCGCACAAUUCGCUGGAUGGAUUAAUUUUGUCAAAGAAGUCGAAAUAAUGGUAUCAAUUGACGAGGACCUUGCACAGCCUGCUCUUCCCCUUCCUGCAAGUGCUAAUGAUUCUGGUACCUUCCAUAAGGAAACAACUAUUCCUUGUCAUGCCCAUGGGGCCAAGGGCGGGCCUUCUCAUAAUGAAGUUGACAAUGAUAUCUUCGGAGCGUCACAGUCCUUUCAUUCAAACCUUGAUGACAAACGGUAUCUCGAUCGACUGAACCAACAGCUGACGCAAUAUGAAGCGGUCCUUGAUGAUCUUCCCGUUGACCAUGCCACUAGGCCAAAUGUCCUUAAUUUGAUUGGACUUCUGCUAGAGUUCCGUCACAGCCUGACCGGGAGCAUAGCUGACAUUGGGAGAUCAAUCGCUUACCUGCAGCUCGCCGUGCUACUCAGGCCAGACGAGCCAACGUUUCGUCAAAACUACGUGAGGGCUCUCGGCGACAGGGGUAAACGCGCCUCACAUGGGUCCGAUCUCAAUGUUGCCAGCGAUGAAUUAAAGAGUGCUCUGGCAUCUCCUCAUUGGAGUGAAUCACAACGGAUGGAUUUGGCACAUAUACUAAUACCGGCCUACCUCAUGCGUCACGAAAACACACAGGACAAAAGGGAUCUGGAAAGGGCAUGUGAUAUUAUACAUGAGCUAAAUGGCAUCUCUCGGAUUGACCCCUACACAGAAGCCAAAUAUCUGGAUUCACAGCAGCUCUUAACGAGCAUGCGGCACGGUGAUUUAGAUAGGAGCUUAAAGAGUAUGGGACAUGACAUAAAACAGGAAGAGUUGCUCCAGCGAGAACACCUUGACAUGGUCAUCUCAACGACAGAGAAGGCGCUACUUAAUAUUCCUCAGAAUGACCCAAGACAUGCCGACCUUUUGGAGUUGCUGACUCUACGAUAUUAUAGGCUCUACUGUCACACAAGCGAGCUGAACCACCUUGACUCUGCGAUCUCGCACGCUGAGAAUGCUUUAUCGCUUUCUCAUUCAAAAACUCCUUCAGCUACAUUGAGCCCAAGGAUGCAUUUGACUAUCUGCCGCAUGGACAGAUGGUACAGAAAGCAUGAUAUUGCAGAUCUUCAUGAGGCAGCGUCACAUAAUUGGGCGGCUAUAUGUGCUGCUCCUCCAUUUGAUGUACUACGAACAACUCUGCUUGUUAACGCUUGCAAAAUUUUGGACGCUCAAUACUCUGUGACUAAGAACAUAGACUUCCUGGAGAUCGGAAUAGCGAGGCUAGAAAGUCUAAGGAAUGAUUUUUCGGAACGCCUCCAUGGGGGCUUCAAAUUCUACUAUUUCUAUGGACUUGGGAAGCUGUACGAAACGAAGUUUGGUGUGACAAGAACACUCCAAGAUAUGGAGCAAACUAUUAACCUGGUUGAAAGAGCUGUUGCUUCAAUCCCAAAAGGGACUCCGCCAAAAGCAGAAAUGACUCUCAAACUUGGAAGCCUUUACCUGUCGAAACAUGUUCUGACGAAGAACAUUGAAGACGUCCGUACAGGAUAUACACAACUGGCGGAAUCCUGCAUCGCGUCCGAUGCGUCACCUUUGACGCGAGUGCGGGGCGCUAGUGAGAUAAUUCAUAUCUUUACUCAUACUGGUCAAUGGAAGGAUGCAUGCUAUUUUGCUGAGUGGUUUCUUCCCUCACUCGCCCAUGCCAGUGGCCGCGAAGUAGAGAGGGAUGAUCAGAUUUACAUCAACCGACAAGUCAGGGGCUUGGGGAGUCUGAUAUUUACUGCAAUUUGUCGUCUGGGCUUCCCAGUCCAAGCGGUCUUGAAACUGGAGUUCGCACGAGGCCGCAUUAUGGGCCACUUGAUUGACGCGCAGAGUGAUAUUUCUAGCUUGAAAACUGUCGAGCCCAAGCUGGCUGAAGAAUAUGAAUCUCUUCGUCGCAGAGCAUUCAACAACUCUUUGGAUUCAGCAUAUCAAGACAUGCAGCAAUCCCAAAGCCGGCACGAUUAUUUCAGAGAUUUGGAAGAAUGCGAAAAGAGGAUUCGCCAAGUUACAGGUUUCCAAGAUUUUCUCCAGCCUUUGGAUUGGACGGACCUGCCAGGGAUUGUACAAGCAGGACCUAUUGUUAUCGUCAAUUCGACGUGUGUCAGCACCGAUGCCAUUCUCAUUACGCAUCUUGGAGCUAGAACUCUGAAUUUACCAGAUAUGGCUACCAAGGCUCCGCCAGAAUAUCGACAGCUCUAUUCAAGAUAUGGACAUACUCAAGCCGGUGAUGGAUGUCAUUUGGAUGUGAGAGACAUAGAGUGUGAAUUGUCACCAGAAGACCUUACCCACGAAUUACUAUCGUGGCUGUGGUACACCUGCGUCAAGUUGUGCUUAGACGCAUUAGCGUCAGAUGGUGUCCUAGCCUCCGGGGAUAAACUGUCCCGAGUUUGGUGGAUCGGAGCCGGCAUAGCCAGUGCCCUGCCCUUUCACGCGGCCGGGGACUACAGUAAUGGGUUACCGAAUAAUGGAGACAGCUGUCUUGAUCGAGUUAUCUCGUCCUAUACCCCGACAAUCAAAGCACUAUGCAAUGCCCGCCAGCGAGCAUCCGAGGCAUUACCACGGACACACGACACAUCUUCUUUACUAGCUGUGACCAUGCCUGAAACUCCGGGACAUGACGCACUUUACGGCGUUCGCCAGGAAAUAAAAGGUAUCAUCCAAUCAGCCGGACAUGCAUUACAAAUCAAGGAGAUGCAAGGCCCCUCGACUGCGGACGUUCUGUCUCACCUCGAGAACAACACCACUGAGAUGAUCCACUUUGCUUGCCAUGGGUACUCCGACCCAGUCAAUCCACUAGACAGCCACCUCGUUUUACAGAAACAUGGACAGCAGGAAGGAGACCCCUCCAGCACGGUACUAGUACCCGAUCAGCUCAAAUUGUCUGCACUCCUAGACACAAAGACUAUCUCCCGAGCAUGUAUAGCCUACCUAUCCGCCUGUUCGACGGCAGAGGGAAAGGAUCAAUCGUUGAGAGACGAAGCCCUCAGCAUAGCCAAUGGGUUUUUGGUUGCUGGAUUCUCUCAUGUCAUUGGUUCUCUUUGGGCUGCUGAUGAUGAGGUAUGUGUUGAUAUGGCUGCUUCGUUCUAUAAGGCGUUGGUUUCUAGGCGCGUGGCUGCAGACUCGGGAGAUUUUAAUCGGGCUGUGGCUGAGGCGGUUCGUGAUGCUACGUUGGAGACUCGGAGGAAGUAUGCACAUAAUCCGGCGGCUUGGGCUUUGUAUGUGCACAUGGGAGCUUGA